CCUCGUCACUACAGCAGCAAGCAACUGCAGUCAAGAAGCUUAUAGAAAAAGGCCAAAUAAGUCCUUCAAGUCCAUUUAAUCAGGCAUUUGAUCAAAUCACAAAGGCUUGCGAAUCUACAAUGAUCCAAGUGGCGAUAAUGAAGAAGCAAUACCAGGAUUUAUUCGCUGCGCAUGAGAAGGAGAAGCAAAAGCGUCAAAGAUCCAAGAAGAAGAUACACCAUGAAGGAGGAAUUACUAGAGAAGAAGCGCAGGAUCUCAUGAGGUCAAGAGAUCAAGUUGUCGAACCUCCAGCCAAUGAUCCUCCGCAGUCUCAAUUACCGGCCUCUCAACCACGCCAACGUGCGCCACAGAAGUGCAGUAACUGUGGUAUUGUGGGCCAUACUAGAGUUAGAUGUCCUGAACGUACUACAACUUAA